UGCGCAUGCGUUUUAGUGUGUUGUUUUUCGGCAGGAGCAGUAAGAUGGCGGCGCGCGGGGACAGUUCAACUCCGGGACUGAAGGGGUUAAUUCAGCAGUUUACAGCCAUAACUGGUGCUACAGAAAGUGUGGGGACGCAUAUGCUGGAAGCAUGUAACAACAAUCUAGAGAUGGCUGUUACCAUGUUCCUAGAUGGAGGUGGAAUUGCAGAAGAACCAAGUACCAGCUCUGCAGGGACAUCAGUUAGUAGAGCAGUACCAUCUGAGGAUGAAGUUCGAGCUCCAAUUCCUCAGAAGCAGGAAAUACUGGUCGAACCAGAACCUCUUUUUGGUGUUCCUAAACGACGGAGGCCCACCAGGUCCAUAUUUGAUGGGUUUCGGGAUUUCCAGACAGAAACAAUUCGUCAGGAGCAAGAACUUCGGAAUGGAGGUACAGUGGAUAAAAAACUGAGCACACUUGCAGAUCUCUUUAGACCACCUAUAGACCUCAUGCAUAAGGGCAGCUUUGAGACAGCAAAGGAGUGUGGUCAAAUGGAGAAUAAGUGGCUGAUGAUAAAUAUCCAAAACGUGCAGGAUUUCUCUUGCCAGUGCCUAAAUCGAGAUGUAUGGAGUAAUGAAGCCGUCAAAACUAUAAUUCGUGAACACUUUGUCUUUUGGCAGGUGUACCAUGACAGUGAAGAGGGACAGAGAUAUAUACAAUUCUACAAACUAAAUGAAUUUCCUUAUAUUUCAAUCCUUGACCCAAGGACAGGUCAGAAACUUGUUGAAUGGCACCAGCUUGAUGUGAAUUCCUUCCUGGAACAAGUUACUGGGUUUCUUACUGAACAUGGACAGCUGGAUGGUCUGUCCAGUAGCCCACCUAAGAAGCGCAUGAGAUCUGAAAGUCUAAUUGAUGCCAGUGAAGACAGCCAACUUGAAGCUGCAAUUCGUGCCUCAUUACAGGAAACACAUUAUGAGUCAAGUCAGCAAAAUGUUCAUUCAGAAGAGGAGUCAGAUGCAGAGCCAUUUUCAGACAGUGAAGGACUUAUCUCAGUAGAUGGUUCAGAUGAUGACGUUCUAGAAGACCAUCCAGAGAACCUCCAGCAAGACAAUCUCCUAAAAUCAAAGAAAUCUGUCAAUAAGGAGGCCAUCCAUCGAAAGGAGGAGAGUAAAAAAAAUCAUUUGGAACUCCCAUGUAGGACUGAGUCACCACACAACAGUAGUGUAAUUGUAAAUCACAAGUUGGGAUCUCCAGAUAUUGCUGUAAAACCAGAGAGACGGGAACAGACAUGCUAUCCAGACGUUGUACAGGAUAAUGGUCCAAAGGCAAGACUGAUGCUGCGGUAUCCAGAUGGACAAAGAGAACAGAUUUCUUUACCAGCACAAGCAAAACUCAUGUCUUUGGUGAAGCAUGUUCAGUCCAAGGGCUAUCCCAAUGAACGUUUUGAGCUUGUUACCAAUUUUCCACGAAGAAAGCUUUCUCAUUUGGACUAUGAUAUCACGUUGCAAGAAGCUGGUCUUUGCCCUCAAGAGACUGUCUUUGUACAAGAAAGGAAUUAACAAGACUGCAGUGUUACACAGGAAUGUAGUAGCCAGACUUAACAUGGAAAUGGUGGCUUUACUGUGCAAAUUGUAAUUUGCACUUUAUUUCCUUGACCUCUGGUUUACUGCUUACUAACAAAAAGGGGGAAAAUAAAAGGAAGCUCAUAUGUGGCCUACAGUUGCAGCAGUCUUGAUGUGGAUAUAAGCAUCAUUUAAAAGACACUCUUAACUAAUCUAGGUCCUUUGAUCUGUUUUGAAAAAAUCUUUCUUUAGUAAUGUGUCCUUUUUAAAAAAAGCAAAAGAACAAACAGCUACUCUUGAUCUGGAUGUUUUGAAGUGACUUUUAUUAUAUAUGAUUGUUUAUAAGAUCUCUUGAAAAUUUAUUCCCAAUUAAGUAAUACUGAAAAAAGAGUGGACUCUCAGUCUGUGACUAAAAUGGAAAACAAUGGGUAUACUGCAGUGAACUGGCACCAUGAUGAAUAAAUAGUUGCACAAUAAGAUGUCAACGUAGUGUGUCAAAUAUGAAUUGGUCUACGUCAGAUCUUAUAGUAAAACAUCAAAGCUCCGAUGAAUGCCCCUUUGCUGGUCUUUGGAUAAAAUAUUAUAGAAAUACUGAAGAGCAGAUAUCAACAGAAAAACAAACAAUAGUCCAUGAAUAAAAUGGUAGGACAUCAUUAUGUAAAAGUGAGGAAACAAAGAAGAUCUAUGUUAAUGUAACUGUUUUUAUUUUUUUGCCUCAACCAUAAUCCAGCAAAAGCAUCUACAAUAUGUACACCAUUCAGCUGUAUAUUGGUAUUGAUGAUGCAGUUCUGGUUUCAAAAGUAAAUUAUAAAGUCAGUUUCUUUCUUACUUAUUUUCAGUUCUAAGUAAAAUUAAUUUGCAAAGUUCCUUCCAUGCCCACUUCAGAGAUUAAGUUGAAACAUCUACUGUCUGGCUGUUGUAAAUAUAUUUUUAAAUGGUAAUCAUUUUUUAGAGGAUAAAAAGCAAUGAUCACCAAAGGAAUAUUAUUUUUCCAGAAUAUUUUUUUUGUAAGUUUGCAAACCAGAGUUCUUGCAUUUGGCGAUUCAUGAUAAUAAUGUAAAUUCAGUUUUAUCCUUCUUAACAUAUUCAUUACUGUGCCUUUUUAGUACCUUGUUUUAACAUACAUAGUGAGUCAAAGAGUGUUAUUUAUGUUGGGGAUUCCAGUAUCCCAACAAUUUUCUGGUCUGUUGUUUAUUGAAAAAGGUGGAAUAUGCUUUCAAUAGAUAACCUAUAGAAAAGUUACACAAGUUCUGUCACAAGCAUGAUGGAUCGUUCAUUCUUACAGGACCAUUUUGGUUCCAAUUGACUUGUCUUAUUGUUACCAGUGUAAUUUUGUUUUGGGAAGUAUGAUUAAAAUGUACUUCAAAUGAAAUAUACUUAGAAAAUGUCACAGUUGGCUGCUUCUUCAGAUGUUUAUUCCAGUUAAAGUUCUUGGAUUCAUUAGUAAAUUCAUUUUAAAAUUCAUUUAUAUAUAUUUCCUUUUAAAGAUAUAAACAUUGCCAUAAAGAAUAAAUACAUUAAUAAUUAUUAUAAUAAACUUUUUCUCCGUUUAUACAGUAUGUGUGCUUUUCAUAGCACUAAAAUGGGGAUGAUGUUCAGUAGGCUAAUGAAAGUAUUAGCUUUGCAUUGUUUUUUCUCCAUAAUAAAAAAUUACUAAGCUGCUGCCAUGUAUUGUUGUUUUACAGUAUAUCAGGAUAUGAGGCUUGGUAAUGUUUUCUUCCCUAGCCUCUAAAUUAUUUUCACUCUGUUAAUCUGCUUGUGGAUGGCUUUAGAUUUCCUGCCCCCCUUUAAUGAAUUGACUUGAGACAUUCCAUUUUUUUCAUCCAUUUUCCCAAAGUUUUAGGUAAAAUAGCUUUGACAUAAUACCAGAAUGGGUAUUCUGCCCUGGUAUUAAUAAAAAAGUAUAUUGUAAAAUCCAGCAGAUUGCUGACAGAAAGGGUUACAACGCCCUAAUUAUGCAAAAAGCAUUUCCAUAUCAACUUUCUACUCAUGAUGUAUUUGUCUAAUCAUAUGUACAGAAAUAAGAGUGUUUACUUGUAAUUGUACUCAAAUUAAAUGUACUAAUUUUGAAAAUGAAAUUCAGGGAUAAAUUAUUUACACCAGGCAUUCAUUCCUGAUUUUAGUGACUUCAUUUUAGUUUUAAAUGACUGUCAUUUUACAGAUUAAAUUGUAAUUAGAAUAAUGGUCAAAACAAUUUGAAUAUUUGUAUUUGUUGUCUAAAAACAUAAUGUUUACAAAUUUUCAAAACUGUAUUUAUCUUUAUCAGAAACAUUUGCAUGAUUGUCUUGCAUGCAGGAUUUCUGACUGUUAAUUGGCGCAGUAUAAGAAAGUGUUGGUAUGUGCUGCAACCAGGGUUGGUUCCUGCCUUGCUCUCUAUGCUCCCAGGACAAGCUCCAGUUCUGCACAGCCCUGAACUGGAUUAAGCAGUUUUAAUGAUGGAAGAAUGAAAUAAUAGACAAAAAAUUGGUGAGUUGUAUCCGUUUGCAGUUUGAAUGAAUUAAUUGUAGUGCUUUUUUUUUUUUUUUAAUAUAUAAGCUGAGAUAAUACAUUUUAAAAAGUUAAUUGCAUUCUUUUGUAAAAUUUGCAUUCCAUUAUAAUCAGGCUAAUGAGAAACUUGUACACUUUUUGAUUAAUUUUUGUCAUUUUGAAUAAUAAUAAUAUUUUAAAUGCCAGUGCAAGAACUUUGGCAAGCUGUCUUUCAAAAACAAAGCAAUAUGUUGAAAUUAACAUGCCAAGCAUGUGUUUAAAGUUCUUUACGUUGAAUUUUCAUAAUCUUUUCUAAAUAUUUGUCUUUUUCCACCCUUUAAUAUAUUAAUGUUUAAUCUCUUCAAAAAUACCUUGCAUUAUUCAUGAACUUGACAUCAAGUUGUCUGGUGAGCAGUACUGUGAUAACAACAUAUUAUAUAACAUGUUCCUGAAAUAUGACAUUAUGUAUACUCUUUCUGCUUUUUGAGUUCUGUCAUGGGGAUAAACAGAAUUUCUUCAGUUUUCUAUCUCAAAAAAGUAUGUAACUUUGUUGAGCUGUCCAUUUUCUAGACACUGUAAGCACAAUAAGGAGUGCAGUUGCCCAAUGUUUGGACGCUGUCCUUAAAUUCAAGGUUUGAUGCCUUGUAUUCACCCCUUGAUUGAGGAACUUUCCUAUGAUGCUUCUGCACUUAAAUGCUGCCCAGUUAUAUCAAAUUGCAACUCUAAAUUCCCUGUGUAUGUCUGUGCUUGUUUUUUGCCUCAUUUUAAUGUGAUGACCCAUAUAGGCAUUCUCUUUAUGUAACUGGAAGGAUUAAAGCAGAAUUGGAAUAAACAAUUGAAAGAUGCAAAUUUGUGCUAAAAUGUACAUUGCAUAAAUGUUUUGUGAGAAAAAAAAACAACUUUUUUUUCCAAAUUAAGGAGAAGUUUGAAUUAGAAAUUUUUGUUGGUAGCUAGUCUAUUCUCAGGGGAUUCCUUUUUAUAAAUUGUUAAAUAUUUCACAAUGUCACAGAUGUGUUAGUGAAUUAACUUACUAUAUUUAAAAAGUUAUUAAACCAUGCACAGAAAUGUACAUUUCUUAAGCAACAUGAACAGUCCUUAUACGGUUGUGCCAUAUGCAAGAGUAAUAUUAUGUUGUUUCAUCACAUUGUGACAUUUUUCAGAAUGGGGAUUUGUUAGUCAUAUUUGCUUUACACCCUUAGAUCUCUUAUCCCCUUUUCAUUUAUUUGGGGAGUGCAAAUACUGUAUUUGUAAAUGCAGUGCAUCUCUUUCUCUGACUCAGGUUAGCUUAUAUUUUAUGUAAGAAAUUCUGUGCAUCUUGGGUAUGUCGCUAAAACUGUGCAUUGCAAAUUUAGCAGUUCAGAAAUAGCCCCCUGACACCCCUUUCCCUUCCAAAUAGUAAAAUAAUUAAAACUUAAGUACAACUUCUCUCGAAAAGCUUCUGGAGAGUUCAGAUGUUUAAGUUGUCAUACAGGUGACCAGUACAGCUUUUUUGGAAGAAUUUUAGGAGUUGACAUUCUGUCAUUUUUUUUUUUU